AUGAGGGCGGGAGGCGGAUUCUACAAAGGCACCAGUACGGAGCAGACACCCUAUUUUGGGGAUAAGGAAAAAAAGCUAAUUGAAAAAAUGACUUGGCCCGAAAUUUAUAACCAAAAGAUAGACCUCACCAAGAUCAACUUAGAUGUGAUAGGAAAAUGGAUUCACAAAAGGCUCAUUGAAAUUUUAGGGUUUGAGGACGACAUAUUGUAUGAGUACUGUGUCUCUCAGUUGAGACUCGACCAGGAGGGCACCGACGACGAGAACGAAAAAUUCUUAAACUCGAAGAGGCUGAAAAUAAAUCUCACUGGCUUCAUUGGAAAUAAAAAAAGCGAAGUCUUUGUUCAAGAGCUACUAGAACUUAUCAUUUCGAACGAGCAAAAUGAGGAACAAAUGGUGGCAUCCCAAAUCGAAACAAAACGAAUAGAAAUGGAGCAAGUCAUAAAGGAAAAUGAACUCCUUCAAAAUAAUAUUCAUAAAUUGAGGAGUAUAUACACAGAAAAUGCUAACCGGAAACACCCCAUAGUAGUGGAAAACGUAAGCAGAAAAACGGAUGACUCAAAUGGAAGGCCGCUGAACCUAAACGGGACGUCACCACAAUCGAACAAACAGAUCGGUGGAGACUCUCCCAAACGAAGUGAUCACAUGCACAACAAGAGGAGGAAGAAACCAAUUAGAUCUUCUACUCCUGAAUCGUCUCACUCCACGAGCGAGCUAGACAAACACACAAAUUAUAAAAGAAGGAAAAAUAAAAUAUAUGUUAAAAGGGGCAAACAUCAUAGUGAUGAAGAUACGUCCAAUGGUGGAGAAGAGGAGGAGCGGGAUGACCCCAGCUCUAUUGAAGACUCCUCUUCCGAUGAGCCAAUGGAAGAAUGUAAAAAAAAAAAAAAAAAAAUUCGUAAACAUAUGUCGAGUGUAGAUUUAUAUAGUUCUAGUCGUGAGCGUAGCAGUGACAGGCAUAGGGGGAAAAUGGAUUUGCAAAGAGAAAGGAGGAGGUGGCGAGAUCGGGGCAGUAGCCGCGACAGGGAUAGAAAUAGAAGAAGGGACAGAAGUGGAGGACGGGAUAGGAGUCGAGGACGAGAUAGAAGUCGAGGAAGGGAUAGGAGUCGAGGAAGGGAAAGAAGUAGAAGAAGGGAUAGAAGUCGGGGAAGGGAAAGAAGCAGAAGAAGGGAGAGGCAUCGAGACAGGGAGCGAAGCCCGGAUACAAGGAGGUGCCACAGGGAACGCAGAAGAAAGUCCAGCGAGACGCCCUCCGACGCCAAGUCAAGCAUUGCAUCAAGCAGCAGCAUAAGCAGCAUCGAGAGGGGCUAUACAACGAGAGAAAGGCGAGGUAAGCAUGGACACCCCCGCAGAAGUGCCAAUGCAACCAAGUCGGAUGGAAGAAGUAGUUCGUCCGUCUCCCUUUCACCUUCGUCCUCAGGGACGGUAAAGAAUAAACAUCGAAGAGAGUUGGACACGGCGAAUGACAGAAAUGGCAGAGGCUCCGUGAAAGAGUCUGAUGACGACAGUACCCGAAAAUCAUCCAGAGAUUCCAAAGCGAAAGAAAUUCACAACAUAAUGAAAAGGAAAAGCUACAACAGUAAUAAAAAGGGGCUUCGGGCUUGGUCUCCCUCCGAGAGUGAGAAUGGGUAA